UGGAUACAUCACUGUUGGUGCAUACAAUGAUAGAAUUCAUCCAAUAAAACUGUGUGACAAACUGAACAUGUGGAAAUGAAACCAGUUUGAUGAUGCAAGUUGGUGGACGAGUAUUGAGUAUUCAAAGUCAUGUAGUUUCUGGGUAUGUCGGCAACAAAGCAGCUGUUUUUCCACUUCAGUUGUUAGGUUUUGACGUGGAUCCCAUCCAUACCGUGCAGUUUUCUAAUCAUACCGGUUAUUUGGGUGGUUUUCGUGGAAAAAGACUUUUGGGUGAAGAAUUUGAUCAACUCAUCGAAGGUUUAGAGUCCAACUGUCUAUUGCAACAAGUGUAUGCGUGUAUUGGUUGUCUUGAAGAAUGUGUUGACGUCGUAAGUAGGGAUUAUAUUUUGCUAGGUUAUAUAGGUGACCACGAGUUGCUUCUUCACGUGUUUGAAGCAAUAACGCGACUCAAGAGUAAGAAACCAAACCUCUUGGUUGUGUGUGAUCCAGUCAUGGGUGAUCAAGGCAAGUUGUAUGUUCCCCGUGACAUAGUUCCCAUUUAUCGAGACCAAGUUGCCACUUUUGCCAAUAUCCUUACUCCCAAUCAGUUUGAGCUAUCUAUUCUAUCCAAUUCGUCUGUGGAUAGUUUGGAGGAGGCUUUCCAAGCUUGCGAGUAUUUACAUGAACAACGAAAAGUCGAACAUAUUGUAGUUACUAGUGGAGAAUAUAAGGAAUUGGAUUCUUUUGUUAUACUGAUUAGUAGUGAAUUCGGUAGACAUAAACAUGUACAGACGGUAGAGAAAAUAGCUGGUCAGUUCACAGGAGCUGGUGAUUUGAGUAGUGCUCUUAUCUUGGGUUGGUUUGUUAUUUUGAAAGGUGAUAUUGUGGCUGCUUGUGAAAAAGCAAUGGCAAGUGUACAUUCCGUACUAAGAAACACGGCAGCCCAUCAUCAUCAAGUGAAUGCUCAAUGUCCAAUGUUGGAAUUACAAUUGAUUUCCUAUCAGUGCUUUUUGCAAAAUCCUCCAAAGGAUCUUAUUGCCACUCAAGUUUAUAAAGGAUUUUCUUGUCAANAGGUCAAUGUGACUAAUGCAGGCGUCAUUAAAAAGGUAUCAGGUCCUGUUGUUUCUGCUGAACACAUGGACGGCGCUGCUAUGUAUGAACUUGUUCGGGUAGGAAACGAACAACUGGUGGGUGAGAUCAUUCGCUUGGAGGGUUCUGUCGCAACUAUUCAAGUAUAUGAAGAAACAUCAGGAUUGACUAUAGGUGACCCUGUGUUGUGUACGGGUUCCCCCUUGUCUGUAGAACUUGGUCCAGGUCUCAUGGGAAAUAUAUUCGACGGAAUACAAAGACCGUUGGAGAAAAUCGCAGAAAAGAGCAAUUCAGUGUUUAUUCCAAGAGGAGUAAACGUUCCAGCACUGGACAGAAAGAAAGUGUGGGAAUUCAAGCCCGCUGAUAAUAUCAAAGUUGGAGAUCCUAUUACAGCAGGUGAUAUUUAUGGGAUAGUCCCAGAAACUCCUCUUAUCGAUCACAAGAUUAUGCUACCUCCCAAUCAAAUGGGCAGAGUAGUGUAUUUAGCACCACCUGGAGAUUAUACUUUGGAUGAUACUGUCUUGGAAAUUGAUUUUAAUGGACAAAAGAAAAAGUUCUCUAUGGUGCAACAAUGGCCUGUAAGACUCCCUAGGCCAGUUACAGAAAAGCUUCGUGCAGAUAAACCACUUUUAACAGGACAACGUGUAUUGGACGCCCUCUUCCCAUCCGUACAAGGAGGAACUUGUGCAAUACCAGGAGCAUUCGGUUGUGGAAAGACAGUCAUUUCACAAGCUUUGAGCAAAUUUUCCAACUCGGAUGGAAUUGUUUAUGUAGGUUGUGGAGAACGUGGCAAUGAAAUGGCGGAAGUUCUGAAGGACUUUCCUGAACUCACUAUGACAGUUGGAGAUAGAGAGGAAAGUAUCAUGAAACGAACCCUUCUUGUUGCAAAUACUUCCAAUAUGCCUGUGGCUGCCAGAGAAGCGUCCAUUUACACAGGAAUUACGGUUUCGGAGUAUUAUAGAGAUAUGGGCUUAAAUAUCAGUAUGAUGGCAGAUUCAACUUCCAGAUGGGCAGAAGCAUUGAGAGAAAUAAGUGGAAGACUAGCAGAAAUGCCCGCUGAUAGUGGUUAUCCUGCAUAUUUGGCAGCUAGAUUGGCAAGUUUCUAUGAAAGAGCUGGUAAAGUGUCUUGUCUAGGCUCUCCUAAACGACAAGGUUCCAUAACUAUUGUUGGAGCUGUAUCACCUCCAGGUGGUGACUUUUCCGAUCCAGUAACUUCAGCCACUCUAGGAAUCGUUCAAGUAUUUUGGGGGUUGGAUAAAAAGCUGGCUCAACGAAAACAUUUUCCUGCAGUAAACUGGUUAAUCUCCUACUCCAAAUACAUGAAGGCAUUGGAACCUUAUUACGAACAGAGUUUUCCGGAUUUUCUGAAUUAUCAACAAAAGAGUAGAGAGAUUCUUCAAACAGAAGAUGAUCUGAUGGAAAUAGUACAAUUGGUGGGAAAGGACUCGUUAGCCGAAAAUGACAAGAUAACCCUGGAAGUUGCCAAGAUGAUACGCGAGGAUUUUCUUGCACAAAAUUCUUUUACGGAAUAUGAUCGGUUCUGUCCAUUCUAUAAAAGUGUUCUUAUGUUACGGAAUAUGAUUCACUUUUAUGAAUUGGCAAACAAGGCGAUUGAAGGAGCUGGUGAACAGCAUCUAACGUUGGCACAGAUAAAGGAACAAAUGGGCGAAACGAUUUACAAGAUUUCUGGAAUGAAGUUUCUAAACCCCGCAGAUGGUGAAGAUGCUUUGAGAACUAAGCUUGACGCGUUGUAUUCGGAGAUUACAGAAGGCUUCAAUAGAAUUGAAAAUAGUUUGUAAAUUUGCAUCUUAUUGGACAAGCCAUUUUUAUUAAGAAGAGUUCAGCAGUGAAUACAUGAACGAAGUUGAGAUCCUUCAGUAAUAUAUCCCAUAUGGAUAAAAGUAUAAUGACUAGUUGUUUUAUCUCUCAGAGCUAUUUUUUUAUAGUCCAAAACUUCUCUUUUAGCUUUUUUAGUCGCACGAGUUGUACUCGAAAGAUACUGGUUCACUUAGCAAGAAAUAAUGGAGCUGGAACGAUACUAUUUCUCGUUGAAGUUUAGAAAGUGCACAACCAACCAUAAUGAUUUCAUUUAUGACAUUGUAUCUGCGCAAAGUGUCUACAUGACAUUCUUAAUCAUUGUUUCGAGCAUAAAUGGAAACCACUAGGACUGGUUGUUUAGUUGAAGAACUUCAAGUCCCAUAUAUACCCAGUCCAAUACAAUAAAAGAUGAAUGAACCCU